AUGCUUGGCCGAGCCGGCUAUUUGCCGGCCAAGCACCUGGGUCACAUUUCUAAGAUCCAAAAAAAGGAAGGGGCGGACUCCAUGAAGCUCGGGGCGGUGUCCGGGCAGCAAUAUAAGGCGAUAUUCAAGGCCAGGGCUUUCGACCAGUACUUUUUCCAGAUUCCCCCAAAGAAAAGUACGCUGGACAUGAUGUCGGAGGUUGCGCGGAAAAUCUUGUCCAAAGACCCGGCAGCCGAAGCUCAGAGGAAGAAAGACGUCGAGGAGGCACAAGUAGCGGGAGGGCAGUACCACGGCAAAACCAAGCAGAAGAACCCGAACGAGGAUGCAAAGAUUCGGCGAAUUGGGUUCAAGGAUACGUUGUUCGGACCACCCGGGCUGGCCCCGCCGCAGCACCAAAUUCUCAACAGCGAAGGAAGACACAAGUACUUCAGCUACGACGGAGACUGGGAGAACGGAAACAUGAACGGCUUCGGCACGUACCGCUUCGCGGACGGUGCGACGUACGAGGGUAUCAUGAGGAAUAGCUGGCCCAAUGGAGAGGGGACGUCCCGCUACGCCAACGGUGGCGUGUACGUUGGGCGGUGGAAGGAUGGGAAGCAUGAGGGCUACGGUGUCUUCACCUACCCUACGGGUACUGUAUACGAGGGAACAUGGCACGAGGGGAAGCGCUCGGGGAAAGGAAUGCUGAAGCACAAGAGCGGCAGCAGGUACGAGGGAGAUUUCUUCUUGGGGCAGUUUCAUGGGCGAGGACGUUUCGAGUCUGCCAAUUUGAAGGUGACGUACGAGGGUUGGUGGGUAGAUGGUUUCAUUCGUGGUCAUGGAACACUCACGAUGCCGGACGGGACAAAGCUGGUUCGAUCUUGGCCAGCACAAAGUCGGUUCGGUGGAGGAUUGUCCUUGCGAGGGGCAUUGGAGCUAGUUCUGUACGAGAGAGAGCAAGCUCGCCUGGACAAACUCGACGAAAGACAGGCGCUUUACGGCGUGUCUGACCUGGCGGAGCUGCAGUUCCGUGUGAAUAAUGUCCGAAGAGAGAUCGCAGAGAGAAGAGCACUCAACAAGGCGAACGAGAAGGCGGAAACGAUGGCGAAACGGAAGGCGGCGAAGCUAGCCAUGAUGGAGAGAAAACUCAAUGAGCUGCUUCAGGAGGAAAAAGAGGCCGAACCGGACGAUAUCGAGAAGUUUAUGAUGUAG